AUGGACAAACUCGCGUCUUUCGUACUUGCGAGCCUGCUUUUAGGAGCCCAAUCUGCUCUUGCCAUUCCUACCGAGGCCACUACCAAAGCGUGUAAAGAUAUCAAUAACGCUCUUCCUGGCAAAGUCUUGACCCCUGGGCUUCUCAAGCUUGAAUAUGAGCAUGAGACGCAGCAGUACUGGGCUACAAAUCUCCGCGAAGUCGACCCUGCAUGUAUUGUUCAGCCAGAGUCUGCUCAGGAUGUAUCCAUCGCUAUCAAGAUCCUGAACAAGUACCCUACUGUUAAGCUUGCAACUCGAAGUGGAGGGCACGACCCAAACACGAAUCAUGCUGCUGUUCAAGACGGCGUUCUCAUCACUAUGACCAGUCUAGUUGGAGCGACGUACGAUGCAGCAGAGGACGUUGCCUAUGUUCGCCCUGGUGGUGAGUGGAACGAUGUUAUUGGUGAUCUAGAGAAGAAUGGAGUGGCUAUUGCUGGAGGAAGGCUUGGUCUCGUCGGUGUCGGCGGGUUGCUUUUGGGUGGAGGUUUAUCGUUCCUUGGUGCUCAAGAAGGCCUCGCUGCUGAUAACAUCGUCGAAUGGGAGACCGUCAUGGCCAACGGAUCCAUUGUUAACGUCAACGCUGCGAAACAUCCUGAUCUUGCGCAAGCCAUGCGUGGUUCCGGAAGCCAAUUUGGUAUUGUCACCCAGUUCAAGGCCAAGGUCCAUCACAUGGGCAACGUAUGGGGCGGUUCUUGCAUAUAUGACGAGUCAAAAUCCGAAGCACUUUACGUUGCUUUGCACAACUUCAUAGCCCGUGGUGCCGAAGAUCCCAAGGCCGCCAUUAUCUUUUCGGACCUUGUGCUUGCAGCCGGGCUCAAGACGAAGGUUGUCUUCUACUUUUACGACAGCCCCACGCCGCCUACGUCGGGCCCUUUUGCCGACUUCUUCAAGAUCCUCAACCCGCUAUGUCUGCCCAAAAAACAAAAGUACUCUGAGCUGCUGAGGGCGAACGGCGAACCCGUCCGACUUUUGAACUCUCGUUCAUUCUUCCGAACUUACACCGUUCCAUAUAUCCCAUCCCGUCCCCAGAUGUACAGGGAGAUUCGUGAUAAGCUCGCUGAGCUCACUGGUGUCUUCCUCAACACACUCCCCGUCGUUCGCGCCGUCCAGUUCAGCGUUGACUUCCAGCCACUUCCGUCUCGCUUUGGCAAGAUUUCCGAAUCCAAGGGCGGAAAUGCCAUGGGUCUUUCGUCUUCCGACCCUGACCGCAUCAUCCUUAUUUACCAAGGCGCGUGGAACUUGCCCACGGACGAUCCUCUUGCUUUCGGUAUCGCCAGAGAGCUGACGGCUUGGUUGGACAAGGUUGUGCCUCAAUGGAUAGCAGAGGCGGGGAUGCCAAGCGACAUGUACAUGCCGUUAUUCCUCAACGAUGCUAUGUGGGAUCAGCCAGUCAUGCAGAGUUACAAGGACUAUGAGAAGUUCAAGACAUUGCAGAAGAGUGUAGACCCGAACGGAUUAUGGAGUACUAGGGCAGGUGGCUUCAAGUACUAG